AUGAUAGUGAUUCAAGAAAGUAAUGAUUGUAAACUUAUUAAUCAUGAUAGAAGUUUAUGUGAGUAUCAAAAUAGUGAUGGAAAUCUUGUAAAAUAUGAGCUUUCUCAGAGACUUUUUAAUAAUUUUAAAAUUAAACGAAAAGACAAUGCAAAACAUCAAGAAACUGAUGAUUCCGAAGUCACUAAAAUUAAGACGUUCCUGACAGAAUGUAAGCUUAAGAAUUUUUUUUCUACAAUACCUGAUAGUGACAUUGAAGGAAUUAAAGAUGACAACAUAAAGUUGAUGAACGAAUUUUAUAGUAAAACUAAGGAAUUUGGUCAGUUCCAUGGCGAGAAUAACUUGAAUCAUGGAAUAGUCACUAAGAUUAAUACUGAGCAGUACUUAAUUCCUCCAAAAUGCCGAUUUUUCAAUAAAUCAGUUGACAAAAUGCCUGACUUUUUAAGCAUUGAUGAAAAGUUCGACUAUUUUGUUAUUGACCCACCAUUCCGGUGCAGAUACAUUAAGAGACUUAAGAAGACUUGCCAACAAAAGAGCUAUCAAAUGAUGACAAAUGAGGAUAUUUUAAAAAUUCCACUUAAUAAUUACACCCAUAAAAAUUCCCUGAUUGUCAUCUGGUGCACUAAUUCUGAUACUCACGAAAAGUUUAUCAGAAGUGAUAUCAUGCAUGCCUGGCAUUUGAAAUUAAUAGGAACUUGGAAAUGGGUCAAAAUAGAUAAAUGUGGUGAUACAUUCUGCCCAUUUAAUGGGAGUAAAAAGCCAUAUGAGAAAAUAUUUAUAGCAGCACAUGCAGAUAGUGAUAAUAAAUGUAUAGAACAGGAUCUAACCAUUUUCAGUCAACCAAGUUCAAUACAUUCUCAUAAGCCACCGUUAUUAGAACUAUUUAAAGGCUUGCUGCCAUUAGAACCGAAAUGCCUCGAAAUAUUUGCAAGAAGCUUGUACGAAAAUUUUACAUCUGUCGGUCUCGAGUGUUUAAAGCUUCAAAACACAAUGUUAUUUGAUAAGUUAUAAUACUCACUGGUCCAGGCACAAAUGUAUGAUG